AUGACAUCAACAUCCAAAGGCAUUCUUCGCCCAUUUCUAAUCGUCUGCAUCAUCCUGGCCUGCUUCAUGGCGUGUCUGCUUAUUUACAUCAAGCCGACCAACAGCUGGGUCUUCAGUCCAAUGGAGUCUGCCAGUUCUGUCCUGAAAAUGAAAAAUUUCUUCUCCACAAAAUCUGAUUAUUUUAACGAAACCACUAUUCUGGUUUGGGUGUGGCCGUUUGGGCAGACCUUUGACCUUACAUCCUGCCAAGCGAUGUUCAACAUCCACGGAUGCCAUCUCACGACGGACCGCUCACUGUACAACAAAUCCCACGCUGUCCUGAUACACCACAGAGACAUCAGCUGGGAUCUGACCAAUUUACCUCAGCAGGCGAGGCCACCCUUUCAGAAAUGGAUUUGGAUGAACUUAGAGUCACCCACUCAUACUCCCCAGAAGAGUGGAAUUGAGCACUUGUUCAACCUGACACUAACUUAUCGCCGUGAUUCCGAUAUUCAAGUGCCUUAUGGCUUCUUGACGGUGAGCACAAAUCCCUUUGUGUUUGAAGUGCCAAACAAAGAGAAGCUGGUUUGCUGGGUUGUGAGUAACUGGAACCCUGAGCAUGCCAGGGUCAAGUAUUAUAACGAGCUCAGCAAGAGUAUUGAAAUCCACACCUAUGGGCAAGCAUUUGGAGAAUACGUGAAUGACAAAAACUUGAUUCCCACUAUAUCCACUUGUAAAUUUUAUCUUUCCUUUGAAAAUUCAAUUCACAAAGAUUACAUCACAGAAAAGCUUUACAAUGCAUUUUUGGCCGGCUCAGUACCCGUUGUCCUGGGACCAUCUAGGGAAAAUUAUGAGAAUUACAUUCCAGCUGAUUCAUUCAUUCAUGUGGAAGAUUAUAACUCUCCCAGUGAGCUGGCAAAAUAUCUAAAGGAAGUUGACAAAAACAAUAAGUUGUACCUUAGUUACUUUAACUGGAGGAAGGAUUUCACUGUCAACCUCCCACGAUUCUGGGAAUCACAUGCAUGCCUGGCUUGUGAUCAUGUAAAAAGGCAUCAAGAAUAUAAGUCUGUUGGUAAUUUAGAGAAAUGGUUUUGGAAUUAA